AUGUCUGUCCAAGAUGAUAUUCCACCAUUGGAAGAUAUUCCAAUCACUACAACAACAACAACGAAACAAGUAUCAGCAACUCCAGUUGUAAAAUAUGUGGAAACACAAACGAAAGAAACAGUUGAAAUCGAUAAGAGCUUUGCUGGUAUGAAAAAAGGAUUUUUAAAUAACAGUUCCAUACAAAAAUCGAAAGCAAACGAAAUAAUUGAAGUAUCAUCUAAAAAAGUGGAACAAACAAAAGAUUUUCGUGUAUUUGAUGAAAUUCAACAAGCUAUCAAGGAAGAACAACAGUCAAAAAAUAGUUGGGUAACAAAUGACCUUUUAAAACAAAUUGAAGAUGAUGAAACAUUAUCACGAUAUUUUUCUAAUCCAUAUUUUAUGGAAGCUAUUACUUUGUUUCAACAAAAACCUGAAGAGGCACUUGCAAAAUAUGGACAUAAUGCUGAAGUUAUGACAUUUUUUGAUCGAAUGGCUAAAAUACUUGGUACACAUUUUACUUCAAUUGUUGAUAAAGAAGAUCAAAAAAAGAAACCAAAUGUUGAUCCAGAAGUCAAUAAACUUUUACAGGAUGAACAAAUUCGAAAGUUAUUACUUGAUCCAGAUGUUAUUAAACUAAUGAAAAUUUUACGUGAAGAACCUGAUAAAGCACAAUGGUUAAUGCGUACAGCUGAUGCAUCAAUGCGCGGUAAAAUUCAACGACUCAUUGAUUUAGGUUUGUUGAGUAUGGCUUAA